AAUAAAAGAAAACACGCUUUUAAAAAAUAUAGUAAAAUCUUUUAAUAUAGUACUAUAAAAUUAAUUUUCAAACAAUAGACCCAUAAUAUCCUUUAUUCGAAAUCUCAUUGCUUUAAUUAACUUCAUUAUGGCGAUUAUAAUUUUAUUUUAAUUCUCCAAACCCAUCAUUAUUUUUCCUAAAUGAACCCAACUUCUAAUCUUCUUAAUUUUAGAGUUUUUCUAAAAACUAUCCAAUCCUUGACUAAUGGAAAAACAAAUAUUUUUUCAAAAAAUCAAUAACAAAGAAAAAAUAAGGAAUAGCAUUAAUUCCUACAAUUUUUUUAAUAUAAACAUUAUACAUAGUAAUAAACAAAAAUAAAAAAAAGGCCGUCAAAAUUGAAAAAGCAAUAAACCCAAAUACCCCAUUACUUUCCCCUUUUUAAGGUGGACAUUCUUUUAAAAAAUACAUAUCAAUAUCUUUAAAAUACUUUAAUAAAAAUGUUAACUAAAUUUAACUAUUUCCUUAUUUUUUACAAAAAUAAUCUAUCUAAACACCCGAUUUUUCACCUUUAAUUUUCCCCCCAUUAACUAAACUUCCGUAAAUUUCCGGCUAAACAAUUAAUUCGUCGAAUUUAAUUUCGAUUUUUUCAAUAAUGAAUAUAUCAUCUUACUAUAUAGAAUUAUCCAUAUAAAUAUAGAAUAACUAAGAAUUUUAUUUCUUUCCAACUUUCACAACAUACUAAUCAAAGUCUUAAUCGAAAUAUUCUGCAUUUAUCAAAAGUCCAUUUUUUACAAUAUUUUAAUUAUAUUUUUUCCCUAUAUUAUAAUCCACAAAAAUCCCAUUUGCAGGACUUCUAGGAUCUCCACAUAUUUUUUUCCAAUGAAAACUUACAUUACAUUAUUAAAUAUAUAAACUAUAAUUAACCAUCUAUCCUCCUACGGAUUUGCACCUAUAAUCCACUUUUAAAGCAUAAACUCGAGUAUUUUCAAUUGUUUGUUUUGUAGAUUCGAUAAAAACCUUAGAAUCUGCUACAAGCUUAUCAUCAAAAUUUAAUUAAAAACUAUUUGUAGUUAAAGAAGGCUUAAAAUUUUAGAUUGUUAUGUAAAAAUAAUCAAGUUGGCUUGAGGCAUAUAGAUUAAUUACUUUUGGAGAAUCUUAAGACCAUUAUUUUUAUGUAAUGCUGUUUUGUACGACUUAGACUUUGUUUUAGUUUGAAUCUUGGUAUACGACGUCUACUUAAUUACAUUAUUAAGUUAUUAUUUAUUUUAUUAAAAU